UACAACAAACACUGUGGUUCGUCCGCUUUGCACUCCACGCCAUGACGAAAAAUUCUCGGUGGAGUAGGAGUAUUGUGGCUGUGACAGGUCGAUCGUCUAACGGCGAGAUUACCUAAUAUACGAUCAAUAAAAAUAAAGAUUCGUAAAUAUCCAAAGUUAAUUAAUGCCGUAAAUUCUCGACACCCGGGUGCAUCUGACUUAGCUUUCUGACAAGUGUCGUUUGAUUAUUUACUCUGAGUAAGUUAUUGUGGACAAAGAAAACGGCAGAGUAACGCCAGUAACUUGUGCAGCUUUAACGCUUAGUUUAACGACGAUGGAGAUAGAUGAAUGUUCUGCUGGUGGCGACUCUGCUGCAGAGGAAGAAGAAGACGAGGAAUCUUUUCAUGGAUCUAGAAGUAAUAGUUGUACUAGUAGUACUACUGCCAGUAGUUCUACUUCUGAAAGUGCUGAAGAGAGUGCUGGAGAACGUGAUACUACGGCUUCAGAAACUCAUAGUUCAGGAGAUGAAGAUGAAAACAACGUACAUCAUAUCCCAAAUGAAUGUGCUGAUGAAGUGAGAUGGGAAACUUGCAUUGCUGCAGGAAGUAAGAUAAAACUACCUCAAGAUCUUUGUGAACAUUUGUCGAUUUUUCACGAACUGUUAGACUUUAAAAGCAUUUGGCAAGAUUCUUUAAAUGAUGAACAGAGGAAAUCUCUAGCAAAAUUUUUGCCCAGUUUUCCUAAAGACUGUGAUGUUGUUGCUGAGCAAGAGAAGACAUUAAAGAUGCUUUUCCAAAGAGAGAACCAAAGGUUUGGAGUAGCACCUGUCGACUCUUUUCAUCAUCAUCUCUCAUCAGGACACUUUAGACCAGAUAUAAAGAGGAUGCGACACCUAGUUAAAAAAGCCCAACAAAGACGAUUGUUGUUUGAAGAACGUAAACGGACUUAUGAGCUUGCCAAUCAGCUAUUUAAAUCACGAGAGAGUUUACUAUUAAACGCAUAUAAACAAGGUUUCAGUCAACCUACGUCACAUCGCAUGUCAAAACUUCAUUGGCGUAAACCUACACCAGCUAUGGUAGAAGAAAAAACCCAAAUUCGCUAUGUGGAAGAAUUAAAAGCAUUACGAACAGAACUUGGUGUUACUAAAUUUGCUGAUACAACGUCAGAAAAUGAAGAAAAUUGUCUUCAAUUCCAAAUGCCAGGUACAAAACAAAAGAAAAAGAGGAAAGGUUCUAAUACGCAAGUUACCCAAAUGAAAACGAAUCAAUUAAAUCAUGAAGAUGAAGAUAUUCGACCAGUAUUUUCUACACUCCAGCGUGAAGAAUAUACUCCGAAUCCUUCGUUCCGAAUACGAGAAAUGACUGAGGAUUUAUAUCGGGUAUUGUUAGUGGCUCACAAAAAACGAAGAGCACGACAAGAUAUUCAUCCUGAGUUGAACACACAAGGAAUUAUUCUAUCAGAGCUUUCACAACGCGCUCAAGUUGGUCAAAAGCAUAAAAUAACAAUAUCCAAUUCUUGCCGUGUGAAUUCAUCAAAGAAACGUGUUAAAUUAGAACAGCCUCUUGCUCCUUCUGUGAUAUCAAAUAAAGUUAUAGCUGCCAGCUCUAUUAAAUCUGAACAUGACAAUACUAAUUAUCUAUAUCCAUCAAAUGAUAUGAAACAUAUUUCAAAUCAAGAAGUUGAGAUCAAAGAAUGUCAAGAUACGAGACCUAGUUUCUCAUCAGUAAAAGUAGAAGCUUCAGAUUCUUUUGAAGCUCAUCCUACUCCAACAAAGAAAAAGGUCAACUCUGUUGCUUCAAAAAAUGUUAAGUCUAUGCCAAUAUCUCUUCCAGAGAUAAAGAGAGAAAUGGAAGAGUUAGAUUAUAUGAGAUCGUCAGAAAUUAAAUCGGAGUACAUUACACCUGAUGAACCUCCUCCAAUUACAAAUGAAGAAGUAGAAAAUCUUGAUCAUAAAAAAGAACUUGAUUUAGAAAAUAUAGAUAUGAUGCAAAUACCAAUUCAACUUGGUGAUGGAAUGGAUAUUCUUGAUGAUGUUAGAUGCGAUGAUGAUAGAGUUAUUCUGCCUGACAAAGAAAUGUCAUCAUUAAGUGAAGAUGAAAGUCUAAGAGUAAAUGGCAAUGGAGAUUUAAUGCAAGAAACUCAUGCUUGCUUCUUUUCGUUAUUACGAGAUGCAUUUUUGUCAAAAGGAGAAUAUCGUAUGAGUGUUAAUGAAGUUAAAGAUGCUGUAACUAUUUGGCAAAGUAAUCCUAUAACUCCUUUAAAUGACUGGUAUUCGUUAGUAAGUUCGUGGUCAUCUGUAGUACCAUCAGCACUUGGAUUUCUUGCUGGAGAAUUAAUAUUUUCUCAAGAUCUAGAUCAGCAUGAUUCUGAAUUUGUUCCUUAUUUAGAAAAUAAAGGCCGGAGUAUUUAUGCAUGGAUCGGAGCUGGAAGAGAUUCUGACUCACGAUUAUCAACAUUAAAUUCUCAAUUUCUUAUGAAUAGAAGUGCUCUGAUAACACCUAGAAAUCUCACACUAUCGACGGAAUCAUCUACUGUACUGGCCCCUAUCAAGAUGAACUCAAUUCAACUAUUGUAUGGAAACGGAAAUAGUAGUAACGGUAGUGGAGCUAACAGUGUACGAAGCGCAAGUCCUGCAGUGGAAUCAAUUAGCAAUGAUCCUACUUCAUUAGCAGCCAUGAUGGAAUCAGAACCCCCGAGAGCUUUGUGUCCUACUGAUUGGAAAGUUCGUUUAUCUACUCCUGAAGAGCGUGAAGAGUUCAGACGUCAAGAAAGAUUGCGUUAUGCAUCCCCUCAUAAAGCUUUCACCUAUAGAAUGCAUGGUUAUGAGUCUGUUGUGGGUCCAGUCAAAGGAAUUUAUCAACACAAUGCAGGUGCUGGACUUACCAAACCUCGAGGUCAUUCUUUAUUGGUUGCGGAUCGUCCUAAUUUCGUUACAAUUCUUGCUUUAGUAAGAGAUGCGACAGCUAGACUUCCAAAUGGUGAAGGAACUCGUGCUGAUAUCUGUAUGCUUUUAAAAGAUUCUCAAUAUAUUAAAGAACACAGCCCAGGUGAAGGUGGAAAUGAAAAAGAUAAUUAUCUUAAUUCUGUGGUUUCUGGAGCACUAGAUCGACUCCAUUAUGAAGCAGAUCCAUGUGUUCGUUAUUAUCCAAGACGUAAAGAGUGGCUCUAUCUCCACCGUGCACGAUCAGAAUCAGAAUUUGAGAUGUAUCAUCAACAACUUCAAGGUGUAACAAAGGCCAAAAAGAACUCUGGAGGUUCAGCAAGAAAUAAAGCAGUACAACCAAACUUAAAAUUAGUUAAUGGAAAAGAACAAUCACCAAGUGGAACGAAAGAAACUCCGAAGAAAGAGAAAAAAGUUAAUGUACAAACACAAUCGAUUAUAAAAAAAGAGCAGCGAAUAGUAGAAGAGAAGGUUCGAAUAGACCAAUCUAUUUCAACUGAACAGAUUCCCGCAACUCCUUCAUUACCAACAACUUCAACUGCAUCUUCUCCAGUAAGCUGCAGUAUUGCUCCGGUACUUUUUUCUCCUAAUUCACCACUGCCAACUCCUUUGAUUGAACGUGAAACACCACCAGCUGAUAUAAAACCUCAAAUUACGAUACCACCAGUUUCUGUGGCCAAAAAAAUUAGUUCUAUUACUACAUCAAAACCUGUAGCUGUAAUGAAAACCAGUGCAACACAGAGUUUAUUACAAUCGAAUCAACAUUUUCCGCAUCAUCAAAUUCAAGUGUCAACUUCAGCUGGUUUACAAACAAUAAGAUUAUCAGGACCUUCCGUACUUCAAUCUGCUCAAACAGUUCCAGUUACAACGUCUGUUUGUGCUAGUACUUCAUCUCCAAGUGUUACAGCAAUAUUUUCUACAGCUAAAAUUCAAAAUCAAUCUCAGCAAACUGUAUUGACCAAUCAAACAGGAAAAAGUAUACUUCAGAGUGCUAAUUUAAAGCAACAACAGCAACAUGUGUUACCAGGAAAGACUUUAUUAGCAUCUCAAAUUAAAUUAGUGAGUUCUGGGCAAAUAAAAUCAUUAUUGACAGGUCAUGGACUCCAAGGGCAGACGAUAUUUAUUAAGCAGUCGUCUCCAUCAACUGCACAUGCUCAGCAAAUUCAACAAUUAAAGCAACAACAACAGCGGCAAUUAACUCAACAGUUGCAACAACGCUUUGUGUUGAACCAGCAACAACAGCAGCAACAACAAUCUCAACAACAACAACAAAUUCAAACCCAACAAUCAUCCCAGCAGCAACAUGUGCAAUUACAACAAGCUCAACAACAAACUCAGUCAUCACAAUCACAACCUCAACAACAACAGCAACAACAAACAAUACAGGCUCCAGGAAUGCAAAGAAUUAUUGCUCAAAUUGGAGGAAAACCUAUUGCUGUUCAAAUUCAACAAUCACCUCAUCAACAACAACAGCAAAAAAUCCUUGCGAAGGUGCUUACGAGUGCAAGUGGUGGGCAAUUAAUAUCUGUCGAAAGUUUACUGGCGCAAAAAGGAUUGAAACUUGCUGCAACAACUUCCCCGACACAGGUGAAUCGUCAGGGUAAACAAGUGAUUCAAACUCAAUAUCAGGUUGUCUCACAAGCGCAGACAUCUCCUGGCCAAGCAAAAAUUGUUGUAACUUCUCAGCAGCAACAAACAUCUGGUGCACCAACUGUUAGAAUGGUGACGGCUCAAUUAGCUGGAAAACCAAUCGUCUUAGCUAGUGCUAAUAAAAGUGUUGGUGUUGGUAUCAGUGGAGGAAGUAGUGUGGUUCUUGGUAAACAAUCUCCUCAACAGCAAACGGGACAGCAGCCAAUAAUACUGCCAAGUCAAUUGUUAAAUAUUAAAACUCUACAUGGCUUGAAGGUUAUACCAACACCUGCUGGUCUUAAAACAGCUGGAGCUGCUGUUUAUGCUCGUGUUAUUGCCCCGACAACUAUUUCAACAGCACAAACUACGACAACGCAACAACAGCAAGCUACACUUCAAACACAAGCGGCUCGGAAUAAUCCCUAUGGUGCUCCGUGAUGCCGUUGAAUUAUUUAAUUGUCGAAUUAAAAUUGUACAGCUGGUAUUGUCCAUUGAUAUGAGCUCAGUGACAUUUAUUCCUGCCAAAAUGAUCAUAAUGGUUUCGAACAAUUAAUACAAACUUCAUAAGUAAAUUAAGUGGGAGUGUGAGAAAGGUUUUUAAAAAUGAAAAUUAAGUGUCACACAUAUAAUUCAGAAUUUUUUUUUCAAAAAUGAUAAAUGAAGACUUAUUUACAAAUGUGUGUGGUAUAUUAUGUGAAUACAAAAUACGUUAUCGCUCGGACCAGAGACGAUCUCGCAAUAUUAUUUCAAAAUAUAAAUAAAGUCUUACGUAUAAAUAGUUCAUUAAAUUAACUAUUGCACUUUUAGUAAAAAGAAAUUGUUGAAGAUCUUUUUUUUUUGUUAUUUAAAAAUUUUUUUUACUAAAAAUAAUUCAAUAACGCACAAACUCCGUUAUUAAAGGAGAUGUAUUGAAUUUAAUAGAUGUAAAUAUUAUAAUGCAUUUUAUGCAAGUAACAACUAAUUACGAAAAUUACUAAGUAGCUGAAGCUACCGCGUCUUUGGUUUUUUUUUUCAAUCCUUUUUUGAAUCUCUGUUAUUUUUUAAAUACUGAGAUUCGUUCAGAACGUAUAUAAUAAGGUCAAAUAUCUGCUCGAAGGAGAAAUUUGAAAUCUCGUUUCAAAUCUCAUCGAGUUAUGUCGAGUAAUAAUCUAUAAAUAUUACAGUUGAUCUAUCGAACUAGCGAGUUUACGUACUCUUCACAGUUUGAAGAAUUCUUAAUGAUGCUACAAAAAUGAUUGUUUAAUUAAACACAAUUGUUGACUAUCUAUA